UAUUCAUUGUUUUUUUUGAUUUUUAUUUUGUUUUGUUUCCUUUUUUUUUUUUUUUUCAAUUUUAAACCUUGCACAACCUCACCUUCACCCUAGCAAAGCACUCCCCCUUCCUCCUCCUGCAACACACACACACAACCCAACCAGCGCUCGACACUAAAACCAAGCAUCACACUAACACCCCCCCCCCCACCGCAUCACCAGCCAAACAAAAGACAAGGGGAAGAAAUGGCGUCGAAUGCGAUGGCGCCGACUGCGCCGAGUUCAGCACCAGGCAAUCUGCAGCCCAGCCGGAAUCCGUCGCUGACGAGCGAGGCGUCGCUGCCCGCCACACUCUACGCGCAGCACCCCGUGGGCAGCCUCGCAUCGAUCUCGUCAUCGCCAAGCAGCCAGCAGCAACAGCAGCAGCAGCAGCAGCGCCCAAGCCAGGUCAGCCUCGGCCCAGUUUCCCCGACAAUGUCGCUUUCGUCUUCCGACAGCUCCGGGCUGGGCUACCCCGACCGCAAGCUGUCGCAGAUGAGCUCUGAGAGCAGCACGUCGAUGGCGAGUCUUCUCCCAACGCUGUCUGCAGCCAAGCGCGGGCAGCUCAUCUCCAAGGUCGACGUGCACGGCGCGGCAGAGUCGUCCUCGUCUCGCUCGCGGUCGGAGCUGCAGGUCCGCAUGAAUGUGGGCAAGCUCACUGCCGAGGACGUUGCGCACCUCAUCGAGAAGCUCGACGCCGAGAUUCACGCAACCGCCCUCGAGUACGAAAAGCUCUACGACCCGCCGCUCGAGCUGCAGCAAAAGCUGGAGGAGCUGCAGCGGAAGGCCAAGGACCUGCGCGCGUGCAGGGCUGAAAAACUGAUUGAGAACGAGCUCGCCGUCCUGCGCUACACCCCGCUCGAUCGCGACUACCUGUUUGCGCAUCCAGACUCGCAGUUCUCGCUCCAGUUCGAGGACGGCGAGUCGGGCAAAAAGGAGCCCGGCGUCAAGGCGGGCACACUGCCAAAACUCAUCGAGCGCCUCACGUUUGACGAGUUCACCGAUCCAAACUUUGCCCGCGAGUUCUUCCUCACCUACCGCUCGUUCAUCACGCCCGACCAGUUCCUCGACUUGCUGAUCCAGCGUUUAGACAUUCCCCAGCCAAAGGAGCCCGCGCUGCUCGAACACUUUACCGAAAGAAUCGCCAUCCCGGUCCGCCUCCGCGUGUUGCAAGUCAUCAAAAAGUGGGUGGACGAGCACUACGACGACUUUGAGUUGGAUCCCGCGUUGCGAGCCCGCACCACGCAGCUGCUCUCUUCCAUCGUGGAGAAGAACACGGAAUUGUCCACAAACAACGAGGCAAUGGCGCUGGAGGGCCCGCUGCUCCUCAUCGCCAAGGGCAUUCUCAACCUCUUUUCCUAUCGCGAAACGCACCCGUACACUCGCUACGACGACGGUCGCUACUCGUCAGCCUUGGCACCGGAUCCGAUUCUGCCCCUGAACGGCUCCACGGAAUCCGAAAUUCUGCGUUGGGAUGCGGAAGAGAUUGCCAGGCAGAUGACCAUCAUUGACUUUCGGCUGUUCCGCAACAUUACCCAAAGCGACUUGUCGUCGCUUGGGUGCGGUAAGCCGACCGAGGCAUGCGAAACUAUUACAGCAUUCAUCAACCGCUUCAACCUGCUCAGCAACUGGGUUGCUGGCGUGCUUGUGUCAAAGAAGGGCUUGCACUCGCGCAAAGAAGCUCUUAUCAAGUUUAUCGACAUUGCCGAGUGCUGCCGACACCUCAACAACUUUAACGGCCUGACUGCAAUCGUUGCUGCAUUGCAAAACUCGUCCAUUUAUCGACUCAAGAAUACGUGGGGAAUGCUUCCGGCCACCCACAAGAAGGUCUUUGAUGUGCUGUGCCAGCUCACGUCCAAUGCUGGCAACUACAAGAUUUACCGUCGCAUGCUGGCUGCUGUCAAGCCGCCCUGUAUCCCGUACAUUGGCAUCUACCUGACGGAUCUUACCUUCAUUCGCGACGGCAACCCCAACGAGAUUCUAGUUGGCGACGACCAGCGCAGUCUGAUUAACUUUUCCAAGCGUCGCAUGCUCAGCAGCGUCCUCGUGGAAAUGCUCCAGUAUCAAGAAACACCGUACUUGCUGAAUACGGUUGAUCAAUUGAAAAAGCAGUUGCUGGCGCUGGAGAGCCUCAGUGAGGAGCGGUGCUAUCAAGAGUCGCUCACAAUUGAGCCACGCGGCGCCGCAGCGCACUUUAAUCGACGCGUAGCCUUCAUCGUCAACCCCAAGGCACGCAAUGGACGCGCCAAGAAGGUCUGGCUCAAGAAGAUCAAGCCGCGUGUCGAGGAACUGUUCCCUGGUCGCUGGGCCGAGUUUCUCACGACUGCCUCUGGCGAGGCGUCAGUGAUGGCCAAGGAGGCAAUGCAGGCGGGAUUUAACGUUAUUGUGACUGUGGGCGGCGAUGGCACCUUUAACGAAGUUGUGGACGCAUACAUGAAGUAUGGCGGUCUUGCUCGUCACGUAGUCCUUGGCAUUUUGCCGAUGGGCAGCGGCGAUGACCUGGUCAAGUCGCUCAACCUUUCGCUCGAUCCUCUCGAGGCACUCGAUGUCAUCAACGGCGGCUAUACCAUUGAAAUUGACUGCGGCUUGGUGCAUUCAACGCCCGAGGAUGGCAAAGAGUUUAGCUCGAGUCGCUACUUUACCAACAUUUGCUCCCUUGGCGUCAACAGCAUGGUUGCCGCUGGAGGAGACAAGGCCAAGGCCAAGCCGGGUUUCUUCCAAGCCAGCUUCAAGCAAAAGAACAAGCCCGUUCGCGUGCGCAUCGACCAAAGCUCGUGGAUUCCGUGCAAUCUCUUCGAGCUCGCCAUUUGCAACGGCAGCUGGUAUGGCGGAGGUUACGAGAUUGCGCCCUCGGCCAACCUCACGGAUGGCCUGUUUGAUAUCGUCCUUCUCGAGGACAUUGGCCUGAUGGAGAGCGCGCGGCUGUCGCAUCUCAUCCGCUCCGGGCAGCACAUCAACAACAAGAACCGGCACCUUUUCUUUGGCUCUGAGGUCGUUGUGGAAAGCAUGUCGACCCGCGACGCCGAUCGCCUGACGAUUGAGUCGGAUGGCCAGGCUGUCGGCACACUCCCUGCAAAGUUCCAGCUGCUCAAAGAAGCCGUGGCCCUGAUUGUACCCGAAGUGCAUAAUCGCGGUCGCAUGGAUGGCGUGAUUGCCCGCCGCUCUGCGAAUGAUGGCGCCCCUCUGUUGUACCGCAAGCGCGCACCCGGAUCGUCAUUGUCUUCGAGCGACUUGACCACUCCCGGCAGCUUGAUUGAUUUCUACAACCAGCAGGCGUAUUCAGAGUACGACCCGACCAAAACAGCCCGGCAGACAUUCGAUGGCAAGUCGGAAGGCAGUGGGUCGUGGUCAAAGUCUGCGUCCAAGUCAAUCACCAAUCCAGCCAGCGCGACAGCUCUGGAUGGCGAAACGGCGCAACGUCAGAAACUGCGCGAGUCCCUCGAGGGCAAGAAGAAGCUGCAACGCUCGAGCAGCGACGGUGGCGAUACCCGCCACGCCGUCGAAAAGGCGCGCCAGCUCAAGUCAACAGGUUCUUCAGGCGUUUCGAAUGACUCGGCAUCGAAAACUUCCACUUCCAGCCUGGACGAUGCUCAGCUUGGCGCAACUGCGGUCAAGCCCGCUCCUUCGCAUUCGGCCGAUCUCAACGACUUGCACAAGCGCUUUUCCACCGUGCGCAAGAAGCAGAAAUGCUUUGGCGUCGACCUCCAGGAGCUGCUCAUCCGGGAGAAAUUGCUGGUUCCGCGUUUUAUCGAGACUUGCGGUGCGUACAUUUCCGUGCUCCUGAAACAAGCUCCGCUGGAAGAAGUUACCUCGGCCGUGAUGACGGACAUGAACGACAGCGCCGCGUUCGACAAGCUUGUGCAGAAUUUCAAGUAUCAGUACGAGCGCAGCAAGGAUGCCAAAUUCAUCGAGCUGGAAGACAUUUCGCUCGAGACAAUUUUGGGCGCCAUGGUCCUCUUCUUUGCGAGAAUGCCUACGGCGCUCGCCACACAGCUGCAGCUGGACAUUGUCGAGACUGGGCAAGUGAUUAACGCGGCAGACAUCGCAGCUGACCAAUGGCGUGAGAGCAAAGCCCGCGAGCACUUUGUGGAAUGCCUCGCCAGGGUGCCCAAGCUCAACUUUAUGACGCUUGCCUACACGUGCUGUGUGUUGCAAUCUGUUGUUCAACUUGUCCCGGCCUCGCUCAAAAAGCUGGGCGAUACGUUUGCUCCUGCGGUGUUUGGCAUUGUGACAAUGCCAUCUACCGGGUCAAGCACAGAGGAUCAAACGGAAGUUGCUUCCAAUGUGAUGCAGAUUCUUGUAAAGUUCUCGGCCGACUUAUUUGCAAACUGGCAAUCACGCUAAACACGCUGCUGGCAGCUUUUUCGUUUCUGGACUGAUUGCUAUGGAUUUGUUGCAAUGUUUCCGUCGUUGGUGUGCUAGUUUUCGAUUGUGUGUUCUGUUGUUUUGAUGUUGACCAUCCUGGCUCAUGUUGAAAGGAUUUUUGUUGUUGUUGCUGGAUUCGGAUGUGUGAUUUUUGCUUUUUUGUUUUUGUUGAAAAAAAAAUACAAUUGAUCGC